UCUUAAAAGAGUGAACAGUUUUGUUGGAACAAAUAAAACAACGUGUGAAUUUUUAUAUUUAUUCAUCUAACAAGUCUUAAGAAAAGUGCGUGCCGACAUCCUUUGUAAUCUAUGUCGAAGUAUUUUUCGUAGAAAUCUUGAAUGAGUUCUUCCACCUGCGAACAAAAAAAUACCAUACAAUGUCGAAUGAUAUAUUGCAAACUAAAUGUGAUUCUUGUGGAGAAAUAGCGCAUGAACCUUAUAUAGAAUGCUGCGACUGUGAAACUAGCCUGUGUACCACCUGUUUUGCAUCGGGCCAAGAGGUUAGGGCACAUAAAAAUGACCACAGGUAUGCUGUACGAAAGAAUGAUUUUCCGCUGUUUGAGAACUGUAACUGGUCUGCAAAGGAGGAAUGUAAGAUGCUCUCGGCUUUAUCCACAUACGGCUACGGAAACUGGGAAGAGAUCUCCAAAAGUGUCAUCACAAGAUCGAAGUUAGAAUGCCAGGAGCAUUACAAGAAAUACUACAUAGAAAAUGUUCAAUACAAGGAGUUGAAGUUGCUGCCUGAGACAGAACAAUCUUUGUUCCCUAAGCCACUCAUCCCAUACUUAUACAACACCGAAAUAAGUGGAAACCCACCGAGGAAUAACCAGUCAGACCAACAUCUAGCUGGCUAUAAUGCCUACAGAUCUGAAUUUGAACUCAGCUACGAUCACAAUGCUGAAAGUAUAUUCAACAUUGAAAGCACAUAUUCAGAUGAUGAUGAGGAUUCCGAUGAUGAGUAUAUGGACAACUUGAGAGUGUCCUUAGCUAGAGCAUUGAAUAAUAGACUUAAGGAGAGACAGAGAAGGUACACAAUUAUUCAGAACCACGGCCUUAUAAUGCCAAAUAAAUUGAUCUCGUGGCUACAUAAGUUUGAUUUGACAUUAACAAGACAGAAGUGGGAGCGGUUACUAUCGUUCAUGCAGUUUAUGACCGGGAUGCAGUUUGACGCUUUCAUAGAGUCUUUGGGUUUAGAAAUGGAGUUACUACAAAGGCUAGCACGGUUGUGCGAAUAUCGGCGAAACGGUAUCAAGACUCUUUACUCUGCUAAAUUAUAUCGACAGUUGAAGAAAGAGCAUGAUUUAAUAGUGAAGGAACAGAAGUAUGCUACGUUGGUAAUGAGUAAGAAAUACGACCAGUUGCCGACUAAGUCUCCUUUAAAGCAGUUAUUUAGCAAAGACGGUGCAGUGAAGAAGUUUAAGAAGGUUGCUCAACCUCUGGACAUUGUUGAUUUGCCAGGGUUCCAUUUGCUAUCUGAUUCGGAGAAGAUGCUCUGUUCACUAUUACGGCUUAUGCCAAUAAACUACUUGGAGAUCAAAUCGCAGCUGAUUACUGAGAACAAUAAGAUGGGCUUUCUACGUCUGCUGGAUGCCAGACGUAUAGUCAAGAUUGACGUUAACAAAACAAGGAAGAUUUAUGACUACCUCAUAGCUGAAGGUUUUGUACAUAAGCCUACAUAAAUAUAAUGUAUUUUAUUGUA